AUGAUUGAUUUAAUUCGAAACGUAAAAACAGUUUAUGACCAAGAAUUGCAGAAACUUCAAAAAGAUAUUAAACAAGUUCGAAUUCAGGAAAAAGAACUUUGCAAGCAAAGGAAUAAUCUAGAAAAUAUUUCCAAGUUUUGUUUGGAUGACGUAACAUUUUUAUGCAUUAAAGAAAUUGAAAGUUUGUAUCGAAAUAAAGAAGAGGAAAUUGGGCGUAUUUUAACAGAACCAAACCGUACUGAUUUGACCAUUAAAGGUAUAGAAGAAGUCAAGGCAUUCUUAAUGAAUGUUGAAAAACUGGAAAUUGAACCCUCAAAACAACAUUUUCCUGACGACAAUAUAACAUUGUCUCCUGCCCAACUAACCGUACAAUCAGAUGCAAGAGCGAUCUCAAAUGCAAGUUUUACACUAAAUCAACACAUUGAUAUUGCCAAAAUGGGUGUCAAAGAACCAGUUAUUAUAGAUUGUACAAUAUUUAAAAGUGGUCAGGUCAUAGCCAUCGAACAGAAGCAUACAUGUCUUCUUGAGUUUACUUCUAGUGGAAAGUUAAACCGUAAUGUCAGAAUUACGUCACAAGCAUUAGGAAUAGCAGCUAUCGAUGACAAACUAUUCGCAAUUACCGAAAGCGAACGGGAAACAGUUCAGAUAUAUGAUAAACAAAGUAUGUCCUCAAUACGUGAGGUAUCCAUUAGAGACCAUUGUAGUGGAAUAACUAAGUAUUUAGAUAGUAAUGUUGUGGUUGGUUGCAAUGCAGGAGGGCUGGUUUUAAUCGGAAAGAAUGGUGACAAAGAGAAAGUUAUCCAUACAAAAGAACUAAUGCAUUUAAAUCAGAAUAUUUGUUUAACAUCGAACGAGAAAGGGGAAAUAUUUUGUAUCUUUUCAAGGAAAAAUACAAUUGUAUCAAUUGAUUCAAGAGGAAAUUUGCGUUUUACAUUUGAGAACGAAAAGCUUAGAGGUCCACGUGGAGUUACAGGUGAUGGGAAUGACAAUAUAUUUGUUUCUGGAUAUGAUACAAAUAAUAUCAUGUGGAUAAGUAAUGAUGGCAAAAACUCAAAAGAGAUCCUGAAUUCUAACAAUGGAAUCCAAAACCCUAGGGGAAUUGAAUAUCAUAAAACCCUCAAAAUGUUAACAGUUUGUAAUUACAACGGUAGUCAAUUGUCUAUAUAUAGUAUGCAAUGA